AUGGGUGCGGACGAGCCUAAUGCUUGUCAAACGAGCUACCCAUAUAUGAACGAGAAACCUCAAACUGCCGGACUGGUAGGCGAGGGCUCCAGCGAGGAUGUGAGUUCCCUGAGAGAUUCACCGGGCGACGAGGAGUCAGGGGUGGGACACGGUCAGGGCAAGGACCUCACGAAGACUGCUACGAACGUGAGCCAUGUUGGCGCAUUCGCAGUCAGGGCUCUUUCGAUCGUCCGUACCAGAGAAUCCGGACGAGACCUCGGCCCUCCUCCGGAUGGUGGUUUUCUUGCCUGGUCCCAGACGUACUAUACUGAGACUCUAGGGCAAUCACCGUCCGCCAUCUCAUGGGUUGGAAGCAUUCAGAUUUUCCUGCUUUUCUUCAUCGGCACAUUCUCAGGCCGUGCGACGGACGCUGGCUAUUUCAAGCUCACCCUGACGACAGGGGCAGUUCUGGAAUUGUUUUGCAUCUUUAUGACUUCCCUCUGUACUGAGUACUGGCAGCUUUUCCUCGCACAGGGUGUAGGACAGGGUAUAGGCUGUGGUCUGAUGUUUUGUCCCACAAUCGCUCUGACAACCACAUACUUCAGCAAGAACCGGUCUAUCGCCAUUGGAAUCGUUGCCUCCGGAUCUGCAACAGGAGGUCUCGUCUUUCCAGCUGUUGUUAUGCGCCUGCUCCCGCGGGUUGGAUAUGGUUGGACGAUGCGAACCCUGGGGUUCAUAUCUUUAGCAACAAUAACACCCUGCCUAUUCUUCCUGAAACAACGGCUACCACCGCGUAAGAGCGGACCGCUUGUGGAAUGGGCCGCAUUCAAAGAAGCAUCCUACUCGUUCUUCGCCAUCGGCAUGUUUCUCAAUUUCUGGGGACUAUAUAUUGGGUUCUUUUAUAUUGGAAGCUUUACCAGGGAAGUCAUCGGCGCGUCUACGACGACCUCAAUCAACGUUCUCCUUCUGAUGAACGGCAUCGGUCUUCUAGGUCGUCUCGGCCCUAAUCUCACGGCCGACCGGUACACUGGACCAUUGAACAUGCUGAUCCCGUUCAGCUUCGCGACCGGUCUAGUCGCCUUUUGCUGGGCGGGCGUGCGUAAUCUCGGCGGGGUGUAUGGCUUUGCUGCAUUUUAUGGCUUGGCCGCCGCGGGAAUCCAGUCGCUCUUUCCAGCGACAUUAAGCACACUUACAACGGAUCUCAAGAAGAUGGGAGCGCGUAUGGGGAUGGUUAUGUCGGUCGUCGGGGUUGCGGCGCUGAUUGGGUCUCCAAUCGCUGGGGCGUUGGUCCAACGAGGGGAUGGCGAUUACUUGUACGCUCAGAUGUUCAUGGGCAGUGUCAUUAUCGCUGGAACUUUGAAUCUGAUUGCAGCCCGAGCAGCUAAGAUUGGGUUUGUCUGGCAGCGAGCAUAG